AUGAUUAAUCUUUGCUUCAGCAAAAUGGGAUUUCUCGCUUGUUCGAUAUUCCAUCUUUUUCUUGUUCUGCAACUACAAACACUUUUUGUUUCGUCUCAGAACAUCAUAAACGGAUCUGUUCCUGUCGGAGAAUCUCUCACCGCUUCAGAGUCCCGACAAUUCUCUGGUUCAUGGCUUUCCCCUUCCGGGGACUUUGCUUUCGGGUUCCGCAAGAUCCCAUCAAACGAUGGUUUCACUCUCUCCAUAUGGUUCGACAAGAUUCCCGACAAAACCAUCGUGUGGCACGCACAAGCGAUCAACACAACCACGGGUCUUGUCCCUACUGGUUCGAAGGUUACACUAACCGCAGAUCGCGGUUUGGUUCUCACUAAUCCUGGAGGUCAACAGCUCUGGAGCUCCUCACUUCCUCCGAGUAGAAGCUCUGUUUCUCGAGGGCUCAUAACCGACGCCGGAGACUUUGGUCUGUUCAGCGAAGAUUCCGGCGUUGCUUUGUGGUCGAGCUUCGCUAAUCCCACCGACACUCUUUUGCCUACUCAGAGCAUGGAAGCUGGAAGGAAUCUCUCGUCUCGCCUGACGGAGACAGGUUUCAAGAAAGGAAGAUUCAGGCUAAGUCUAGGUACUGACGGAGAUCUCCAGCUUCUCGUUCUCAACUCCAAGACGCUAGCAGAAGCAGAUGUAUACUUUUCGUACUACCAAAGUAAUACCAAGGAUCCCAACCCCGGGAUACGGUUAGUUUUCAACGAGUCAGGCUACAUGUAUGUUCUUCGAAGAAACAAUUCCAUAUCCUACAUCAACGACGAAGUUCCAGUAUCUUCCACAGACUUUUAUCACCGUGCCGUUGUACAUUUCGACGGGGUUUUCGUUCAGUACUAUCACCCCAAAGGGCAGGGGAGUAAUGGGUGGGAGUUGGCUUGGGCUGUGCCGGAUAAUAUAUGUCAGGCGAGCUCCUCUGUAUCUUUUGGGAACGUUGCUUGUGGGUAUAACAGUAUAUGCAGUUUGGGAGAUAAACAGAGGCCGAAAUGUCAGUGUCCCGAGAGAUUCUCAUUGAUGGAUUCUAGUGACGAGUAUGGUGACUGCAAGCCCGAUUUCGAGAUGCAGACUUGUGGACCAGAGAACAACAAGACCGCAAACGCGGAUGUAAAUCUUUAUGAGUUUAUUCGUUUACCCGGCACGAAUUGGCCGUUCGGGGAUUACGAGAGGUACAAUAACUAUGAUGACGAACGCUGUCGAAAUGCUUGUCUUGACGAUUGUUUCUGUGCUGCGGUUGUUUUCGGAGAUGGUGUAUGUUGGAAGAAGAGGUUUCCAUUGUCUUACGGUCAGAGAGCUCCCGAUGGUAAUAACGAAGGCUAUUCACUCAUUAAGGUUUUAAAGAGCGCAGCGGAUGUUCCAAUUACCGAACGCAGAGGGAAAAACCGCGACUGGUUAAUCAUCGCUUGUUCGGUUCUGCUUGGAACUUCAGCUUUUGUGAAUUUCAUAUUACUUGCUCUCUACAGAAAGAGUAAGGAGAUGAAGAAGAAACCGAAUCAAGUGAGAGAUAUCGAUGCUGCCACAGCUACAGCUACUGAGUUAAAUCUGAGAGUUUUUACAUACGGAGAGCUCGCGGCGGCUACAGGAGAUUUCAUGGAAGAGCUUGGAAGAGGAGCCUUCGGAAUCGUUUACAAAGGAUUCUUUAAAUUUAGCGGUGAUUCUGAAGUCACUGUGGCUGUCAAGAAACUAGACCGUGUUGCUCAAGAAAACGAGAAAGACUUCAAGAAUGAGGUUAAAGUGAUUGGUCAGAUCCACCACAAGAACCUUGUGAGGCUGAUUGGCUUCUGCAAUGAAGGUCAGAGCCGGAUGAUAGUCUACGAGUUUCUACCGCACGGAACAUUAGCUGAAUUUAUCUUCAGGCAGGCGAUAGACGACAUGGAGACGGUGGAGAGAUAUGUGAAAAUAGCGAUAUGGUGUAUACAGGAAGAACCAAAAAUCAGACCUAACAUGCGAAAUGUUACGCAGAUGCUUGAAGGUGUGGCUCAAGUUCAUGAUCCUCCAAACCCUUCUCCUUAUAAUACACUCUCUUGUGAUGACAAAAUGGGGUUUAUCUCUUGGUCGAUACUCCAACUUGCUUUUGUUCUUGCUCUGCAACUACGAGCACUUGUGGUUUUGUCUCAGAACAUCAUAAACGGAUCUGUUCCUGUCGGAGAAUCUCUCACAGCUUCAGAUUCACAACAGUUCUCCAGUUCAUGGCCUUCUCCUUCCGGUGAAUUUGCUUUUGGAUUCCGCAAGAUACAAGUACAACCAAACGACGGUUUCGCUCUCUCUAUAUGGUUCGAAAAAAUUCCCGACAGGACCAUCGUGUGGUACGCACAAUCCGUCAGCACAAGCACCGGUUUUGUCCCUGAUGGUUCCAAGGUUACAUUAACCGCAGAUCUUGGUCUGGUUCUCACUGAUCCUCGUGGUCAGCAGCUCUGGAGUUCUUCACUUCCUCGGACUAGGGGAUCUGUUUCUCGAGGGCUCAUAACUGACGCCGGAAACUUCGGUUUGUUAAGCGAAGUGACAGAAGAUUCCGUCGAGCUUUUGUGGUCUAGCUUCGCUAAUCCUACCGACACUCUGUUACCUAAUCAGAGUAUUGAAUUGAGAGGGAAUCUCACAUCUCGCCUGAGGGAGACAAGUUUCAAGAAAGGAAGAUUCAGGCUACGUUUAGGUGAUGACGGAGAUCUGCAGCUUCUCACCCUCAACAGCGAGACGUUCGCGGAAACAGAUGUAUACUUUUCGUACUACUCAAGUAACACCAACAAUCCUAAGAAUCCCGGGAAUCGAUUGGUUUUCAACGUGCAAGGCUACAUGUAUGUGGUAAUGAGAGACAAUUCAACCAGAUUCUAUGUGAAUAAGAAAGAUCCAGUAUCUUCCAGAGACUUUUAUCACCGUGCCGUUCUACAUUUCGACGGUGAUUUCGCUCAGUACUAUCAUCCCAAAAGGCAGGGGAAUAAUACUAAUAAUAAUGGAUGGUCACUGGCUUGGUCUGAGCCGGAGAAUAUAUGUGCAAAGAGAUUUGGGCCGUAUCUUGAUGCUAAUGAGCUUGGGAAUCUAGCUUGUGGGUUUAACAGUAUUUGCAUUCUAGGAGAUGACCAUAGGGCGAAAUGUGAAUGCCCCGAAAGGUUUUUGUUGGUGGAUCCUAGUGAUGAGUAUGGUGACUGUAAACCGGAUUUUGAGAUGCAAACUUGUGGACCAGAUAAUAACCAAACCGCGGAUGCAAAUCUUUACGAGUUUAUAACUUUGAAAAGGACAAAUUGGCCGUCAGGGGAUUACAAGAGGUACUCAAACUAUAAUGAAGAAAAAUGUAAAGCUACUUGUCUCAAGGACUGUUUCUGUGGAGCAGUGGUGCUUGGAGGAGAUAAAUUAUGUUGGAAGAAGAAGUUUCCAUUGUCUUAUGGCAUUAGGGAUCCCAAUAGCGACAGCGAUACGUUCAUCAAGGUUCUUAAACGGGUACCAAGUACCGGUAUAUGUGGAUCCCGUUCUUAAUAUUCUAGAACUUUAGUAUAUAUUUUAUAUGUGUCCAUCUCUAAUUCUAAGGUUUUAAAAAGUGUAAUGUUUAAAAAUUGAACUAUUGAAUAUAAAAAUAUGCAUUGAAAAAUUGAAAAAUUAAAAAAUAGAAGAAAAACCGAG